UUUUCCUUUCCUAGUCGAUAUUGUCAGUAUAGAUAACCGUCUGGCGACCUAGCGUAAAACUACUGACAGGGUCUCGGGAGCCGGGACGAUCGCUAUUGAUGUCGAAGCGAGGUGCCUUGGAUUGACCGUGAUAUUGAUUGCGGCCAAGCCUGGAAAAGCAAUGCGGGAGAAGAGCAAAAUGCUGGGGCUGCGGCAACAAGCACGCCUCUGGCCGCUAGCUGGCUGCCUCUAGCGCUCCCCCUUUGCCAGCCUUGGGUAGCAGAUGGGCGCGGCGGCGGCCAAUCGAUUCCGCUGUCUUGGAUCAAUGCCGUGUUUCGACACCAUCAGCUCGCCACCACCCCCAUGCAGAGACGAUCGCAAGGGAAGAAGGCCAGAGGAAAAAAGAACAGAAAAAAACGAAAAAGGAAAACUACCACGACUGCUUAUCCCAAUCUACAGUCCCUCUUGUCCUGCAUGGCGGCGAGACACCAAUGACGCCAGACACGAGGAGCAGCACCACUCCCACGCCCGCCCACAGGUCCCCGCCUCGGGCCACCGCCAGGGCGUGCAGCUGGGCGCGGCCAUGUGUGCAUGUCUCCUGCCUUGACCUGAUAGUAGCUGCUCCAACCAGCCCCUCUUCUCGACACAACCGGAAUACUGGGUACAUAUCAAACGCUGGACCUGCAUCCAUCCCAGGCUUCUCCCCCCGUCAUCCCACCCACUCACACUCGCUUGUGGUGUUGCAGCCUUUUACAAUCGUUUUACACGCCGUUUGCUAUACAGUCUCGGCUGUUUGAAGUGCAGCUUUGCGCCCACUGCUGGCUUGCUUCACAGCCCUAUCUGGUAGUCGAAGCAACAAGGGAUAGGUUGUGUAAACCACAGCCAACAGCACACAACACACACAUCUCAUCAUGAGGUUCUCCAGCACACUCUCCGGGUCUUUGCCCGUGAUACUCUCGCUCUCCACACUGCUGGGCUGCUCCGCCGCAGAGGACAAGCCGGCAGACCUGGACAGGAUCCUCGGCAGCAAGCCGGAGCUUUCCAUUUUCUGGAACCUCGUCAAGAACAACACCGACUACCUCUUCCAGCUCCCCACGCUGGGCGGCGUCACCCUCAUCGCGCCCAAUAACGAUUCGUUUGCGCGGAUCCAGGACUUCGACGCCAAGAACAGGACGCAGGUCAACGCGCUGCUCGAGUACCACACCCUCGUGGGCUCGUACCCGCUCUCCAGCAUCGCCGAGGGCAGCCGCCUGUACGCCACCACCAAGCUCACGGACCGGUCCCUCACAAACGUCACGGCGGGCCAGCACGCCACGCUCGACAAGCAGCGCGGCGGCGACGUCGUCGUCACGUCGGGCGGCGGCUCGCGCGCCACCCUGGUCGAGACCGACGUGCGCUUCGCCGGCGGCGUCGUCCACGUCGCCGACGCCCUCAUGACGGCGCCCCGCCGCCUCGAGGUCGCGGGCCUGACGUCGCACCGGGCCGAGCUGUCGGCCUUUGUGGCCGCCUGCUACGCGGCCGGCGUCAUCCCGGACAUGUCGGACGCCAGCGACGUCACCAUCUUCGCCCCCGUCACGGCCGCCUUCCAGUUCCUGGGCCCGUCGCUCACGUCGCUCGACGCCGCCGACCUGCGCCGCGUGCUGCGCUACCACCUCGUGCCCGGCAAGGUCACGCCGGCGUCGGCGCUGCAGAACGGCACAAAGCUGUCCACGGCCGCCGGCGGCGAGGGCGGCGGCGGCGCCCGGCUGUCGAUCCGCCGCUCGGGCAACCAGCUCUUCGUCAACAGCGCAAAGGUGGUGGUGCCCGACAUACUGAUCGCAAACGGCGUCGUGCACCUCGUCGACGGCGUGCUCAACCCGGACGCGCCCGACGUGGUGCCCGACCCGGCCUCGGACGCGCAGCCGCCCGUCUUCGCCGUCAGCGCCAGCGGCACCGUCGUCGGGGGCCCCACGGGCGCCCGCGCCCCGACGCCCUUUACUACCGCCCUGCCGUGCACGGCAAACUGCCCGACGCCCACGUCUGCGUCCAGCGCGAGGUCCACUUCCACGUCGGUCAGGUCGUCGAGCAGCUCGGGCGUGGCCGUCGCCGCCGCGCGCUGCACGGGCGCCGCCAUGGCCGUCGCCGCCGCAGGGGUUGUCGGUGGCGUGCUGCGCGGCAUCGUUUGAGGAUGACGGUGUGAUUUUAUGAUUUUCUGCUUGACAAUACGUAAUUCACUUCGGCGACGGAUAAUAGCGUGCACUCUUUUCAGCUGUCUUUGUUUAAUCCAUGAUACCGGGAGCGGAGCCGUAUUUGUUGUCGUGUCUUUCUUUGAGCACGCUGGCCACCUGGAAUUUGUCUCGACUUUUAUCCUCUCUACGUUUCUCCUCUUGCUUUGGUCGGGUCGAACAUCAUGUCCAGGUUUGCACUACCCCAAGACGGGAGACGGAGUGCAGGUCACAAAGUCUAGCAAGCCGGGUCAUUGGCAUUUCAGGAGGUUCGCCAUGAUUUAUGAACACAUAGUUUAGAUACCUGCACUUGACUUGAAUAGAAUAUGGACCUUAUGGUCUUGGUAAUUAUACAUUGUCGCACGGAUAA